UAUAACAAAUUCAAAACAAAUCAAGAAUUUACUUGGUUUGUAUUGAAUUUCUCUCGUGCACAAUAAUCGUCAUACUUUUGAUUACAAAUUGUAAAAAAUGUCAAAGUCAUACAAAUAAGGUGUUCAGUACAAUAUGGAUUUGGAUAGUAAACGACCGAGAUGUUGUCAAACGACGCCAGCGACGAACAUAAUUUCAGCAUCAUGGAUCAGAAUCAGAUACGUGCAAAUGACGUUGCUAUUUUUCCUAAUGACAGUAUCCUAUGCCAUCAGGACCAAUCUUUCUGUAGCUAUUGUAGCUAUGGUCACUACAGACACUUCAAGUAAUAAUGAUGUUCCAACAUUUUCCUGGACAAAUAUUGGUAUAAUAUUAUCUUCCUUCUACUGGAGCUACGCAAUAUUGCAAUUUUUCGCCGGUCCCAUAGCUCAAACAUUCUCACCAAGAUGGAUCCUGUUUAUAGUCACAUUAAUAUUUUCCGGAUGUUGCCUCCUAAUCCCAAUAAUGAGCGUCCAAUUCGGAUCAGCUGGAGUGAUUGCGUGUAGAGUUAUCCAAGGUUUAGCCCAAGGCUUCAUUCUACCAUUGACCCACAACAUGUUGGGCAAAUGGGCGCCGACCGAAGAACGAUCCUGGAUAAAUACCAGCGUCUAUUCCGGAUGCAGUUUUGGUACUAUAAUAUCUAUGCCGAUAACAGGCUAUUUGUCUUCGUCUAAAUUUGGUUGGCCAGCUUCGUUUUAUCUAUUUGGAGGUUUAGGGGUUGCUUGGUGCUGCUUCUGGAUAAUAUUCAGUGCUGACAGGCCUAGUACUCAUAAAACUAUAACGUUGGAGGAGCGAAAGUACAUCGAGAGCUCACUGGGACAAGAUCAAGAGGAAUAUGUGGAUGAUGUCAAAGUGCCUUGGAAAGCCAUUAUGACGUCGCUGCCUUACUGGGCCAUUAUUUUUGGUGCUGUUGGUGAAUCUUGGGGUGGAACUUUUUUGGUUACGGAAAUACCUACUUACCUUAGUAAAGUGACCGAUAUCGACAUUGAAGAAAAUGGUCUCUAUUCAUCUGCACCUUAUGUGGUAGCUGCAGUUCUCACAGUAAUGUACGGACCUUUAGCAGAUUACUUAAUCCAAGCUGGCAUAACAUCCAGAAAAACCUCUAGAAGACUAUUCCAUGGAAUUGGUUCAUUUAUUCCUGCCGGUGCUCUAAUAUGGCUCGCCUACGAAGAAAGUCCAGCUGGCAUAGCGAUUUUACUGAUCGUAGCCGUAAGUCUGAACGGCGCCAUGUUUUGCGGACACAACGUGAACCACAUCGACGUAUCGCCACGAUUUUCCGGAGUUUUAUUUGGAAUUUCUAACGGCAUUGGACAGACUUUGGCGAUUUUAGCUCCGUUGCUUGUCCAGUUUGUCGUUUAUGACGAGACUGACAAAUCCUUAUGGAGGACAAUGUUCGUUAUAGCGGCAAUUAUUUAUGCCGGAACGGCCGUAUUUUUCAUUUUGUACUCGUCGGCCGAACGACAAUGGUGGGACAAAGUCCCGGCAGCUAAAUCCAGGAAAAUGGAUCGUCCAGCCAGGAAAACGGAUCGUCCUUCGGAGGAUGCGGAGGAAAUUGAGAGACUGUGAGACUUUUGUGUUGUUUUGUAAAGAAAUAGAAAUAAUAAAUAAAACUACGAAUUUUUUGUAAAUUUGAAAUAUAAAUUCUCAAGUUUUUUUUGUAA